AUGGCUAUGCAGUACCUCAACCAGAUCAAAAACCUCCGGCGUUCGUCCCAGAUGAUCAGCGCACCGAAGCCUGUAUUGACCCCCGAGGAGGAAGCAUACUUUCGCCAAGUCACAUCCCAACCCGACUCUGUAAAAGACUCAGCGGACGCCCCCCGCGAGAUCCAAGUCGAGAUCCCUUCGGAAGAGCCUCAACAACCUGCACCAAGUACACAAGCCGAAGACAUACCCUUGCCCACGUCGCCGGUAGAGGAAUUUGGGAAAGAACUUGGCGAGGAAGGCAGACAAGAGCAAAGGGAGUCUCAGCCAACUUUGACGAGAUCUGAGACGCCAAAAUCAGAGGUCUCGAAAGCUCCUCCGAAGAAGAAGAGAUGGAGUACUAUGUUUUGGAAGAAGAACACGGACAAGAAGAACACCGAUACUAGCGAUGCGGAUAAGUCGCAAAUCGAAACCUCAACUCCUCCGAAUGCAUCGGACGCCUCCACAAACGGGAAAGAGGCGGACAAAGAUAAAGAUGCUGAAGACAUGACCGAUAUCCUUGAGAGACUGAAUUUGGCCGCAGAUAACAAUCGGGUCUUCUCAGUCAGCGAUGAAACGCAGGAGCUUUUGCGCAAGUUCAAAUUAAUUUUCAAGGACCUUAUCAAUGGUGUCCCAACCGCCUACCAUGACUUGGAAAUGCUUCUCACCAACGGCAAUCGUCAACUGCAAGAAACCUAUACCAAGCUGCCUGGUCCCAUGCAAAAGUUGAUCGAGAAGCUUCCUGAACGCUGGACAGAGACCUUGGCACCGGAGAUGCUCGCCGUUGCAGCCGACCGCGCCGGCAAGAGUGGCGUCAAUAUGGAGAAUGUUGGCAAGGCCGCUGCUGCCGCUGAAAAGAUGGGCAUCAAUGUUCCAAGCCUGAAAGAGUUGGUGUCAAAGCCAGCUGCUUUGGUAGGAAUGCUCCGCUCCAUUAUGGCGUUCCUCAGGGCUCGGUUCCCUGCCGUGUUGGGAAUGAAUGUUCUCUGGUCAUUGGCGCUGUUCAUUCUUUUGUUUGUCUUGUGGUACUGUCACAAACGUGGGCGCGAAGUUCGCCUUGAGAAUGAGCGUCUAGUAACGGAAGAAGAGAUCAGCAAGCUCAACCAAGAUACCUCGGAGGGAUUAAUACGUCCAACCGAAACAUUGACGACAACAGCACCCCAGGGUGCCACUCCAGAGGAGAUACGUGAAGGUGUCAGAAAGGUGGAAGAAGCGCGCUCCGGUGCCCCAGAAAGUGUCUCACCGGUAGAGGCUCAAGGUGAUAGUCAGGAACCAUCUCGACCACCUUCCAUGCCCGCCCGGUCGAAAUCCCGUCUUUCUAUCUUUGGCCGGGCUAAAACAGAGCCGGUGACAAAUACUGUCGCGCCCUAUCCUGGCACUUAA